GGUAUGAGUAACAGUGCGCAACUUGGAGAAACAACUACACUAUCCAGAGGAGCGCGCUUGGGGCAGCGUCCAUUAACGGAGGGAUUCACGAGCCUGUUUGUAAAGGACUACGAAACGCAUUAAUGACGACCUAAAGGUGCCAGAAACUACAAGAACUCUGCGGAUGUGACUAAAAAAAAAAAAGCCAUGGAUUAUGUAAAACACCACAGUACUCAUUUCUCUAUCGUCUUUUUGAUGAUUAGCAGCACCUGCAAUGCUCUCUUGGAUCACUUUCUGGAAGAAAGCUACUUGGAGCAGCUGUUUCCUCAUCAUUUGGGGUUAGAAGAUGACAGUCAAAAUACGUCGUGUGAUUUCGAGUCACCAUGCCUCUGGGCUUCAUCAAAUCACACUGAUCAGAGCGACUGGUCGGUGGUGUCACCACAGCAGCAGAAAGGCGCUCAUGCUGGGAUGAUGCCUGUGACUGACUACUCAGUGGGAAGCCCUCAAGGGCACUUCCUGCACUUAAGCUCCUCCCCUGCCGCAGAGGCCUCUGGGAGGUGUGAGUACCACCUAACCAGCCCAGUCCUUCCAGGAAGUAACAGGGACUGCAUGUUGCAGGUGGCUCUGUAUGAGGCCGUUCCAGCGUGGGGGAACCUCACGGUCCUGAUUAAGCCAGUCCUCUCAGGUUCAGCUGUUCGAUCUGUGGUUCUGAACAACAAGAGACGUGAUGAGCGCAGGGGUGAGUGGGAGGUUCUAGAGACUAUGAUUGGCCAGGUGGAGGAAGCCUUCCAGGUGACCCUGCUCUACACCUCCUGUUUGGGGAAAGAUGGGACUACUGUGGCGCUGGAUUCUCUGGAGCUCAUAGACUGUGACUCAGAUCCGAUCGACGGGCUGGAUGCUCCAUGUGGGGAAUCUUUCCACUGUGAGAACUCAGGAGGCUGCAUCGACCAGAGCCUAGUGUGCAACUUCCACACCGACUGCCCGUUAGGAGAGGAUGAGGGCUUAAUCUGUGCUGGUCUUCUGUCUGGAUCACACUGUUCGUUUGAACUAGAUGCCUGUGGCUGGUCCGUGUCUAACCAUCACUCAGCCUGGCGAAGGGUCGCUGGAGACGAGUUUCUGAAGGAGGGAGACAUGCAGGGUGUAGCUCUGAAGCGUACACCAGGGCACUUUCUGUUUCUGCAGGUAAGAGAAAGUAAUCCUCUUCGAGAAGCGUCCAUUCAGAGCUCCCCUUUUCCUCCUCCAGUGUCUCCCGCUGCAUGUCAGGUGCGAUUUUCUUUGUACCUGUACGGGGACUUUAACGGUUCGUUGGUGGUGGCAAUAGAGGAGAAUGGGACCACCACCGCACCACUUGUCUGGGAGAAAAAUGGUCAGUGGACGGAUGACUGGGAAGACGUCGCCCUGCAGCUGACUGGUCUUCAUUAUGGGUUCCACGUGAAGGUGACGGCUGUGUGGGGGGAAGGUUCUAACGCUGAUGUCGCUCUUGAUGACAUUGCCAUUGGAGCAGCCUGCUUUAACAAAGAUCUCAACUCUCUCUUUACCAUGGAGGACUUGGAGGAUUUCUUAAGCCCUCUUCCAGAGCCUUCAGCCUCAGAGGUUUCUUUGAUGACGUGGUGGUUUAACUCAUGCGGGGCCAGCGGUCCCCGCGGUCCGACCCAGGCCCAGUGUGACAGCACCUACAGGAACAAAAACGUCAGCGUCACUGUGGGAAAGGAAGGCUCUCUGAAAGGCGUCCAGAUAUGGAGGGUGCCUGCUACCAACAGAUACCUGAUCUCUGCCUACGGGGCUGCAGGAGGGAAAGGAGCCAAAAACCACAACAAACGCAACCACGGGGUUUUCAUAUCCGCCAUCUUUCCUCUGGAGAAGGGAGAUGUUCUUUACAUCCUAGUGGGCCACCAGGGAGAGGAUGCGUGCCCAGGGGUGAGUAGGAGAAAUCCCCUAACCCAGAAAAUCUGCCUGGGAGAGUCGUCUGUGAUUGAAGACAACCUCAGUGAAGAGGCUGGUGCAGAGUGGGCGGGUGGAGGAGGUGGAGGAGGAGGAGCAACCUACAUCUUUAAGAUGGAGGGAGGGGAGCUGGUUCCUUUGCUGAUUGCUGCUGGCGGAGGAGGAAAUGCAUAUAUGGAAGACCCAGAGUCCAGUUCUGACCAGAUUCCACUGGAGCAGUAUGAAAACAGCACCAUAGCUCCCAGUACGAGCGGUCGAACUGGUGCUGCAGGUGGAGGAGGAGGCUGGAAGGACAGUCCCAGUGCUAACCUGAGGGCUGGAAAGUCUCUGGUGGAGGGUGCUGAGGGGGGGUCAUCGUGUCCCCUUGCCCUGUCCAAACUCAGCUGGUCCACCUAUGGGGGCUUUGGAGGUGGUGGUGGAGCUUGCACAGCAGGAGGGGGUGGAGGAGGUUACAGAGGAGGUGACGCUGCGGUGACGGACGAGAUCACGGCUGACGGCCAGAAUGGAAUCUCGUUUAUUCAUCCAACAGGAGAGAUUUUCCUUCAGCCUCUGGCAGCCAUGGAGAGUCACGGCGAGUGUGAGAUCAAGGUGCAGCUGAACUGCAGCCACUGUCAGACACAGAGCUGUAAACGGGAUGAAGACACCCACCUCGUCUUGUGUCUCUGUGAAGAUGACGAAGUCCUGGCCAGUGACAAUGUUACAUGCAUCCGCACAGUGGCAGGUUCCCAAGGCUUGGCUCCACAGGGCCAAUUGUCCUCGUCUUUGAUCUUGGCAGUCGUGGUCUCCACCAUAGCGAGCGGAAUCGCUCUGAUCUGCGCCGGCGUCAUCCUAAUGUGGUACCGCAGAAAGAACUACCUGCUAGCAGUGAGGGGACGUCUGCAGAGUCCAGAGUACAAGCUGAGCAAGAUCCGCUCCUCCACCAUCAUGACGGACUACAACCCCAACUAUUGCUUUGCAGGGAAGGCGGCGUCACUCAAUGAGCUGAAGGAAGUACCACGCAAGAACAUUACGCUUCUCAGAGCUCUUGGCCACGGCGCUUUUGGUGAAGUGUAUGAAGGACAAGUUCUGGGAAUGAGUGCCGAUAACAGUCCCAUGCAGGUGGCAAUAAAGACUCUUCCAGAAAUCUGCUCCGAACAGGAUGAAAUGGAUUUCCUGAUGGAGGCGCUGAUUAUGAGCAAGUUCAGCCAUGACAACAUCGUGCGCUGCAUCGGCGUCAGUCUGAACAUCCUGCCACGAUUCAUCCUGCUGGAGCUCAUGACUGGAGGAGACAUGAAGAGCUUCCUGAGACAGAACAGACCACGAGCUGGCCAGACCUCUUGUCUCACCAUGCGAGAGCUGCUGAGGAUGGCCAGAGACAUCGCCUUUGGGUGUCGCUACCUCGAGGAGAACCACUUCAUACACAGGGACAUAGCUGCUAGAAAUUGCCUUCUUACUUGCCCUGGACCAGACCGAGUGGCCAAAAUUGGAGACUUUGGAAUGGCGCGUGAUAUUUACAGAGCGAGCUAUUACAGGAAAGGUGGUCGUGCGAUGCUGCCAGUCAAAUGGAUGCCACCAGAGGCCUUCAUGGAGGGAAUCUUCACCUGCAAGACUGAUACAUGGUCAUUUGGAGUGCUGCUGUGGGAGAUCUUCUCUCUGGGUUACAUGCCGUAUCCCUGCAAAACCAACCAAGAGGUGCUGGAGUUUGUCACGAGUGGAGGCAGGAUGGAUCCUCCAAAGAGCUGCCCGGGGCCUGUCUAUCGGAUCAUGACUCAGUGUUGGCAGCACUGUCCCGAGCACCGGCCCAACUUUUCUUCUAUCCUGGAGAGAAUUAACUACUGUUCUCAGGACCCAGACGUGAUCAACACCCCCCUGCCAGUGGAGUAUAGCCCCAACUCUGAGGACAAUGGUGGUUUAAUAAUCCGUCCCUCUGACCACACCUCCUCCAGCCUCACUCCUCUCCUGGUGUCCCACACUGUUCCCCAGGAUUCCUCCCAGCUUGGUCUCUCCUCCCUAGGCCUGGGUCCCAACCCUCUUACCCCACAGCCCACCAAACCCCGUCUCCUCCUCCAGAAAACCCAACCUGUCCACCAGGAAGUAACAUCAUGUCGUGAAGCUCUAGAGCCAUCCUGGGCUGAACCUGUACCCGCUCCAGGUUUGUCAGCCGCUACCGCGUGUGCAGGAGGCCACUGGCUCCACCCUGAACCUCCUCAUCACCAGCCCUGCUCCAGGAACAGCUCCUCCUCAGGGAGCCAGAGGCUGAAGAACAAGACGAAGAACCUGUGGAACCCCACAUACGGUUCCUGGGUUUUGGAAAACUUCAGGGGGAAGAAAACACUUUCUCACACUCAGUCCAUGCCGCUCUCAAGCUCAUCUACCAGCAGCUCUAACACGCAGGCUCCUCCGACCUGCAGCCCGACUUUAGAGAGCCGUGACACUGGAUGUGAGAGCCCUUCAAGCUUCUGCACCUCCUCAACUCCACCCCCUUCCUGCCAAGCUCAAGCUGCAAUGAGCCCAUCAUCCCAUAAGAUGCCAACUGGUGGCAGCUCUAAAGCUGGUCUGGACCUGGCUAAGCUGCAGAGUUUUCCUUGUGGCAACGUCAACUACGCCUAUGAUGAGCAAAGCUACGAGGCAGAGAGCCUGCCUCUGGUGAAGCCCAAAGAUCCAGAAGCCAUCACCAACACCAGCUCUGCCCCCAGUGUGUCCUCAGGAACCAGCCUGGGACUGGCGCUAGGCCUCCACACUUCCUCUUCCUGUAUGCCCAAGCUGCUGCUGAAGCGCCACGCCAGCUACGGACACGAAGACGUGAGAAGACACACCAAAGCUGAGAAACCAACGCGGGACAGAGACUCAGGUUUUUCUCUGUCCGAAGAUCUCAGUGUUACCCCGAUCUAAA